ACAGACUCUUUGGUGAACACACACACAUAUAGCUAUAAACACACACGUGUUUAGAGGUUUCUUAUCGAAAUCCUGCUUUAAAUGAUCAAAAAUCAGCAAAAUGCCGAAAGUAAAAGCUGAGAAGAAAUCUCGACAACACCAGGAGGUGAAAAGUCAAGGGAUUAUGUUUAACACUGGUAUUGGGCAGCAUAUCCUGAAAAACCCUCUGGUGGUUAAUGGUAUUAUUGAGAAGGCGGCUCUGAGACCUACAGAUGUGGUUCUGGAAGUGGGACCUGGAACUGGUAACAUGACGGUGAAGCUUCUGGAGAAAGCAAAAAAAGUAGUAGCGUGUGAGUUGGACACCAGGCUCGUGGCUGAACUGCAGAAAAGAGUGCAGUGCACACCCCUGCAGUCCAAACUUCAGAUCUUAAUCGGAGACGUUCUGAAGACAGAACUGCCGUUCUUCGAUGUCUGUGUAGCAAAUUUACCAUAUCAGAUUUCUUCACCUUUUGUCUUCAAGCUCCUCCUUCACAGACCUUCCUUCAGGUGCGCAGUGCUGAUGUUCCAGAGGGAGUUUGCCAUGCGUUUGGUGGCGAAGCCUGGAGAGAAACUCUACUGCAGACUCUCCAUCAACACACAGCUACUGGCCAGAGUGGACCACAUCAUGAAGGUCGGGAAAAACAACUUCAGGCCGCCUCCUAAAGUGGAAUCCAGCGUCGUCAGGAUAGAGCCAAAGAAUCCGCCACCACCAAUCAACUUUCAGGAGUGGGACGGCCUUGUCAGGAUUGCAUUCGUCAGAAAGAACAAAACACUCAGUGCAGCGUUCAAGUCUACUGCUGUUGAGCAGCUUCUGGAGAAGAACUACAGAAUUCAUUGCUCUGUUCACAACGUAGAAGUUCCACAGGACUUCAGCAUUGCUCAGAAGAUUGAAGAUGUUCUUCGGGAGGCGGAGUUUAAUGAAAAGCGAGCGAGAUCCAUGGAUAUAGACGACUUCAUGGUACUUCUUCAUGCUUUCAACUCUGCUGGGAUCCACUUCUCAUAAAUCCAGCGAAAUAAAAACAGCUACAGUAUAUUUGGACUGAAUAUUGAUGCAGUUUUUGAACUCUGCUUCAUGAAGCUUCUCUGCGUUGUGUGUCUGAGUGACACCAUGUUCUGGACAAGCUAUGGAGAGGACCUGUCACCUAAUUUUUGAACUGUUGGUGCUUUUCUGUGGAUUUAAGAGAGAGAUUUCACAGGAGGAGCCAAAUCCAUGAGAGUAAUGUGAACUCUGGAUGGAUGUGAAGCACAGAAAUGUACCAGAAUCUGGAUGUUUCUGGUAGAUACAGAUUUUAUAAAGGACUUUCUGCAGAUCUCAGCAUCAUGAACUACUUUAGAUUACACCUUUUUUCCAAUAUAAAUAAUUCAUUUAAAGUUGGGAGUAAUUUUCAAUGUUUCUUGUAUAAAGUACCAGCAGAAAGUUGGUAACCUCUGCACAGUAUGCUUCUCACUGUCUGCUGACCAGUAUCAUCAUACAAUUCUACAAUUCUCCAGUAGGAAGUAAACAAAACUGUAAUUCUCAAAAAAGCAUUUUUUUUCUAAAGUUAAAAGAGCGCUGGAUGUUAAUCUACACAGAUUUCCUUCCUGAAAACUGUUUAUUUAGGUGAGUAAAGCGCUUCCUUUUAUUUACAGUAAGCUUACAUUACCAAUAUUUUGUCUAAGGGUCAGUUUUCAGUGAAGUUUCUCCAGCACUAAGGCUAGGUGUAGCAGCAUUAGUCGCUAACCUUUAGUGCUAGACUGAGUGUUCUAGUAACCCAGGGCACUAUCAGCUAGCGGUUCGUCCCACAUAUCUUGUUUUAACACAAUAAAUAUGCAUACUACAGUGCUAGCGCUGCAGUUAGUGGCUAAUGCUAGGCUAAUGCUGCUGCACCCAGCCUUAGUGCUGGAGAAACUUCAGUGGAGUGGCUUUACUGCUCUUUAAUACCUGACUGGUAGAAUAUAAUAUAACAUAAGGCGCAUUGGUUUAUACAAGAUGCACUGUCAAUUUUUGGGCGAAUUAAAUGAUUUUAAGUGGUGCAACGCCUAAAAUAAGAAUCUCUGAACGCUUUGUUGUACUCUUGAGUUAAUUUGUUUUAUGUGUAUCAUAAGGACACAAUAUUUAGAGCAAAUAAACGUCUUAACUCCUAAAAA